UGUGAACGAUGUCAAAUAUGAAAACAAAUCAUUUCUAGAGCUGUUGUUGUUUAAUGAUGUUUAUAAGAUCGUGUUUUAUUUUUUUCAGAAUGGAAAAACAAGAUCUGGUGAAAGACUGACAAAGCCAAAACCCGGUUCAGCUGCCCACACUGUGACCCUGACUCGGCUGCUGCAUGCGCGCCUUUGUCGCGCGCUACUGGUGGGCUGCGCGCCGUCACGCGCCGAAGGUGCCAUGACAUGAAGAAAACUCACUUGCGGAGGGGAAGAGCAGUAUUUAUAAGAGCGCGUAUGGGAACAUAGGAGGAAUUGGAUUAAUAGCUCCCUGGACUGAAAAUGGCCAAAAACACAUCUCUUUAUUUUAGAAUUGUCGAGGGCAGAAACCUCCCGGCCAAAGACGUCUCCGGAACCAGUGAUCCAUACUGCAUUGUAAAAGUUGACAAUGAAGUUGUGGCCAGGACUGCAACAGUGUGGAAGAACCUUAAUCCUUUCUGGGGUGAAGAGUACACGCUGCACCUACCGAUGGGGUUUCAUUCACUGUCCUUUCAUGUCAUGGACGAGGACACAAUUGGCCACGAUGAUGUUAUUGGGAAGAUAACUCUGAGCAAAGAUGCCAUUGGAUCUCAAGCUAAAGGACUUGAUAGCUGGGUGAACCUGACGAGGGUGGACCCUGAUGAGGAAGUCCAGGGAGAGAUCCAUCUGAGUCUGGAGCUACUGAAAGAUACAGAGAAGAUCAACCUGCGAUGUCAAGUCAUCGAAGCCAGAGACUUGGCUCCAAGAGACAUUUCUGGAACCUCUGAUCCGUUUGCGCGAGUUAUUUUCAACAACCACAGUGCAGAGACCUCGAUUAUCAAGAAGACCCGUUUCCCUCACUGGGGAGAGACCCUGGAGCUGGAGUUGGAUCCGGUGGAGCUGAGUGAGGAGGGGACUGUCACUGUGGAGGUCUGGGACUGGGACAUGGUGGGCAAGAAUGACUUUCUGGGAAAGGUGGAAAUCCCUUUUGCCUGUUUGCACAAGACACCUCUGUUAGAGGGCUGGUUUCGUUUGCUGCCCUUGGGUAACAAUGAGGUUGAUGCUGGUGGCAAGCUGGGAGCGCUGCGUCUGAAGGUGCGUUUGGUGGAGGAUCGGAUCUUGCCUUCUGUGUACUAUCAGCCCCUAAUUCACCUUCUGGUGGAGUCGGUCAUCUCCCCUACAGAGGUGGAGGAAAGCAGUGCUCUGACCAUGCUGGAGGAGGUGACCACGGUUGAGAGCCGGCAGGAUGUGGCAAUGACCCUUGUGAAGAUCUACCUGGGCCAGGGCCUGGUGGUGCCAUUCCUCGAUUACCUUAACACCCGGGAGGUCAACCACACCACGGAUCCAAACACUUUAUUUCGCUCCAACUCUCUUUCCUCCAAGGCCAUGGAACAGUUCAUGAAGGCUGUUGGCAUGCUGUAUCUGCAUGAGGUGCUGAAGCCCAUGAUCAACCGCAUCUUUGAUGAGAAGAAAUAUAUUGAGCUGGACCCAUGUAAGAUUGACCUGAACCGCACAAGACGAAUUUCUUUUAAGGGUGCAGUGUCAGAGGCAGAGGUGCGGGACAGCAGUGUGGAGAUGCUGCAGAGCUACUUAACAAGCAUCAUUGAAUCAAUCGUGGGCUCAGUCGAUCAGUGUCCUCCCGUAAUGAGAGUGGCCUUCAAACAGCUACACAAGAGAGUAGAGGAGCAAUUUGCCGAACCUGAGAAUGAGGAUGUGAAGUAUCUGGCCAUCAGUGGAUUCUUUUUCCUGCGUUUUUUUGCUCCUGCAAUCCUUACACCUAAACUGUUCCAGCUGAGGGAUCAGCAUGCUGAUACACGUACAAGCAGAACACUGCUACUACUGGCCAAGGCGUUGCAAAGUGUCGGGAACUUGGGCCUUCAGCUGGGUCACGGAAAGGAGCAGUGGAUGGCGCCCCUUCAUCCCAUCAUCCUGCGCAGUGUGGCGUCUGUCAAAGACUUCCUGGACAAGUUGAUCGACAUAGAUCAUGACAUUGUGUCCGAGGUGCCACAGAGGGCUGUAUUCAUGCCCUCAGUCACAGUUAAAGAGGGGUACCUCCACAAACACAAGGCAGAGGGACCCCAGCUGCUCUCCCGCUUUGCCUUUAAGAAACGCUACUUCUGGUUGACCAGUGAGACGCUGUCCUACGCCAAGACCCCUGAUUGGCAGGUGCGCUCCUCAAUCCCUAUUCAGUGUGUGUGUGCCGUGGAGAGGGUGGAUGAAAAUGCCUUUCAGCAGCAGAAUGUAAUGCAGGUCAUCACCCAGGACAACGACGGGCAGCUGCACACCAUGUACAUCCAGUGCAAGAACGUGAAUGAGCUAAACCAGUGGCUAUCAGCGAUCAGGAAAGUCAGCAUUUACAAUGAGCGCAUGCUGCCCUCUUUCCACCCAGGAGCUCAUCGCAGUGGCAAGUGGACUUGCUGCCUGCAGGCGGACCGUGCUGUUACAGGCUGCAGUAGAACCCAUUCUGCUGUCACUUUGGGUGACUGGAGUGACCCACUGGAUCCCGACGUGGAGACGCAGACCAUAUACAAGCAGCUUCUCCAGGGCAAAGACAAACUCAGGAAAAAAUAUCUGGAGAUGCCAGACGCUGAUCAAACGGCCAGCAACAAAGUAAAGAACAACUCUGACAUUCACCCAGAUAGUGCAGAAUGCAAUGUUAAGCUAAUGAAGCCAGGUCAGAGCAUUGCUGCUCGGCUGUUGGCGGUGGUAGAGGAUCUGGAGCAGGCUCACGCCACCUUCCAGCGAAGAGAAAAGGAGGACGCCACCAGUGUCUUUCUGAAUCCCUAGACUGGACAUAGACUGGGAUCCACUAAUGCCUGAGAGGGCGGGGGGCCAGCAUCCUGUACAAACACGAGUGAGCAUCUAUUAUAGCAGCUGUUCACUCUCUUGAUUGUCAGGGAGAAAAACGUGGCCACAGGGUGCAACCACUUCCAGCCUUUUAGUACAUUUCCCGCUGUAAAGAGCAGAGGGAAUUCUGCCACUUUGAAUCUUUUUGUAUUCUCUGAGUGCCACCGACUUCAACAGCGCUGGGGAGAGAUUAUGAUACUUGAUGAUAAAGGGGGCCGAGGGACUUUGAAGCAUGAUCUGACUUGAUAUUUUUUAUGUAGAUAAGAAACAAUCCCUUGCAUGGCCUGCAUCCACUUGUUGUGAAAUGUGAAAUGUGAAAAGAAGCUUUUAUAUUUUGGGAUAAUGUACAGGACCUCGGUCGCACAUUUUUAUGCAAAAAGCUUGUUGUAGUGUAAUCUACAGUACCUGAAUGUAAGGUGUUUUGAUAUUGCUUUUAAACGUUUUGUAUUUUGUUGAGGCAAUUUAUUGCCAUGUUCCCAAUGUAGCAGUGACAUUAACAUUACAGGUCAUACCACCCUGAGAUUAUGAAAUGCUGGCGCGCAUGCCACAGUUUGAAGUUGCCUGUACAGUGAGCAAAAUUAAUAUUAUUUUAAUCCUGCGUUGGUUCCUUUAUACAAAACAAUGUGUUUUUGUUUGGUGCUAUGGCCAGUCAACUUAAAUGUUUGGUUCUGAUGUCAUUUGCGUAUUUAAAAUGUCCUUACACUUGAUAUAGCCAUUCCUCAAGUCGCAAGGGUAAUAUUUACCUGUUAACAAUAUAAUGUCCAUACAUAUAAAGAAUCGAUCUUCAAUGUAACUGAGGCAAUAGAAGUAACAAUGAAUGUUCCCAUUUAAUAAGUUUACUUUUUUGGUUUUGGUGCCACUGCAUUUGGUUCACAUGUGUCAGGCUAUGUUUAAGAUGCCAAAUUUGUUUUUAAAAAUGUAAAAAAAAAACAACCUCACAAACCCAAAAAUUUUGAAGCACUCAAGUAAAUCAAUUUUUUUUAUCUGUGAAAUACACACACUGUACACAGACAUAUUGUAAAGCCAUUUCCCGUAAAGCGAGUAGUUUUCUGUGUCUUUCCCUUAAACAGAGAAGGUUAGUGAGUGUAAUGGAGAUCAGAUGUGUGAUCUCUGAUAGCCUCAGCAGGCCACCCUGCCUCUGGAGCUUCUGGUACUGCCACUGUAGUGUCUGUCUUUUAGAGGAAAAACUUUGGAUAAAUUGAUGUUAACACUAUACGUAUGCCAGACAUGACAAUCAAUACGCUACCAUCAUACAGAGUUAUUCCUUAAGUGUUCUGGUACUUGCUGCACUCCAAAAUAUGUUUUAGUGAUUUGCCACUUCAGCUCUAUCGCAGAGUCUUUUUAAACUAGAUUAAACAUCAGAUGUCGCUUGUGAACUUGAUAUUCCCCGAAUGAGGGCUUUUAUUUUGAAAACAAAGACACUACUGCCUGUGCUUUAUUUUGCAAUUACACAAUGAUGGUUUGUUCCAAGUGGAUCGUUACUGUGAACUAAACACAACUGUAUUUUUCAGUAAACUUUAAUUUCAGCUUA